AUGGGUGAAUGGAACGAGAGACCUGGAUGGGACGGCGGCUUCAAUCCGGGCGGCUUCAAUCCGGGGUACUUUGGAGGCGAUGAUGUCGAAGUCAUACAAGAGCCUGGUGCCGCUGGGAAGAUGUCGUCGGCUUUCUGCACGAUGUGUCUGGGGAUCCUGCUCUUUCCGGUGUCGCUGGCACUGCUCGGGUGGAAUGAGCAGCACUAUGUCUGCACGCACAAGAGCAUCCUUUACGCCAAGAAGAUGGCCGAGGUCAUCAGCUGCAACGAGCAACAGAGCUUCUUCCCAGAGAUGGUGGUGUACAUGGCUUGUCCUAUCCACGAGGACAGUCUCAAGAUCUACACACCAGCAUCCUUCGGCUCCAGUGGACUGGCCCAGUCGCUUACCUUCAGGUCAGCAGCAGGUGCCCAGGUGGCCGAGAUGUACCAGUGCGUGGAGUCUUCAACAGAAGAGGAACGUCACAAGCACGAAAAAGUGAGAGUUUAUAGCUACAGAAUGGAAUGGCUUCGGCAUCCUGUUGACUCGAGCUCGUUCUCAAUGACGGGCCAGGCUCAACAAGCAAGACAGAAUGGCUGUCCGGGAUUCCAAGGCAAUCCACCUUGGCCCCAUGAUGUGCUACCAACAAGGGAAACAGACGUGGCAGAAUCAGUCCGAGCUGGUCCACUCACGAUCAGCAAGAGCCUGCUCAAAGGAGGCAGCAGCUCUUUCGCCGGGCUGACACCCGACUUGAAUAGACCGGUACAGCUCCACAGCUUUGCCAAUAAUUUCCUGCCCAUCCACAUGUUGCCUGUGGGACCUCCUCGUGGUGGAUUUUCGUCUAUCACGUCGAGGACUGCAGCCAUCGACGCAUCAGGCACGAAGAUCGUGACCUGCAGCCAACCGAGGGUUGGCUGCAUGCAGAUCAAGUAUUACAAAAAUUGGGAUGCGUCUGUCUCGCUCGUGAGCAAGGUUGAGGGAGGCUACACCGUGCCCAUGAAAGUUCCAAAGAGCUGGGGCUGCUCCCAAGCUGACUUUGAUGCUUUGAGUGCUGGGUCCAUGGACCUUUCGACCUUCAGUGCGAAACUUGUAGAUGCCAACUCGACAAACACAUGGAUUCUCCGUGUUGUCGGUUUGAUCUUCACAUGGCUUUCGGUGUAUUGCUGUUUUCAGCCCAUAUCGGCUGCAGCAGAUAUUGUCGGUGAUUGUCUGGGAUGCCUCCCUUGUGUUGGCGACUUUCUGGAAGAUAUGCUUGAAGGUAUGGUUGACAUGCUUCUCUGCAUGGUAUCCUGUGCCACUGGUUGCUCCUGUGGGCUGCUUGUGAUCGGGAUUGUGUGGCUUCUUAUGAGACCUGUGAUUGGCGGCGGUCUUCUACUUGUUUGUGUGGUGUUGGGGAUCUGUGCCUGUGCCAUUGCGCAUCAGCACAAGGCAAACAGGAGCCCAAAGUCAGUGGAAAUGAAGUACAUGGAAGACUCCGACUCGCCGUGA